AUGACCCGAUCACUACGCAUCGCUGUCCUGGAAUGUGAUACGCCCAUUGCACCCAUCAAGGAGCAACUCGGUGGUUAUGGAGAGAUCUUCACACGCUUGUUGAACAAGGGUCUAGAGGCGUCUGGGGAUUCGAGGGUGGAGAUUCAGGAAAUCAGCAAGUGGCAUGUCGUGGAUAACCCGGUUUAUCCUGAUCCGACUGAGUAUGAUGCUUUUCUACUCUCUGGUAGCAAACAUGAUUCAUUCGCGGAUGAUACUUGGAUUGUCAGCCUCACGGAGUAUGUCCGGGGCGUUAUUGAGCAGCACAAGAAGCCCGUUGUUGGCAUCUGCUUUGGCCAUCAGAUUAUUGCUCGUGCCUUGGGCUCGCGCGUUGGUCGUGGCGAUGGUGGAUGGGAGGUCUCUGUUGAGGAGAUUACUUUGACCGAUGCUGGCAAGCAGAUCUUUGGCAAGGACAAGCUGUACCUCCAACAAAUGCACCGGGACGUGGUCCACGAAGUGCCUGCGGGAUGCAUCAAUCUCGGAUACAGUCCCCGAUGCGCCGUCCAGGGUCUCUACAUGCCUAACCGGUUGUGGAGUGUGCAAGCACAUCCCGAGUUUAACGAGUUUAUCAUGUCACAGGUGUUGAAAGCCCGGCAUGACAGCGGAAUAUUCAAUGACCAGCUUUAUGAAGACGGCUCUUCGAGGGCGGCGAAGCCUCAUGACGGCGCAUUUUUAGCGACAGAGAUUAUUAAGUUUAUUGCGGAUGCUACAGAGGGUACAGAAUAG